GUAGAGAUGUACGCGGGUGGCGAGGACGAUCAUCCCGGCCGCGGCCCGCACGGGGGCAAUUGGAAGACGGCUUGCCCUUGCUCGCCUCCUGUGCCGGCACGUCUGGACCUCGCGGAGUGGUUUGAAGAGCACAUCAGCCACGCCGAGGAGGAGGCGAGGGCCGUCGUGCUCGGCCGCGUGGGCCGCCUCCCCUAUCGCAGGGAGGUGCUCCUCCGAACUGGGAGCAAAGUCAGGGAAGGGCCCGGCAUGUGCCUCGUCACGCAGUGCUCACUGGACCGGCUAGACCGUCUCCGCGAGCAGCUGACCAGCUGGGCCGGGGAGGUCUCUGCGGCCGUCUUCAUCGAUGCGCCGCCGAGCUCGGACGCCUCCGUCGCUGCGCGCCGAGGCAUACGGGAGAUGUGCUUUGAAGCCGCGACCAAGCUCCCUGUGGGCACGCCGGCUUGGACGAUCGUGCUGCUCUACCGCCUGGAGGAUGAGCACGUGAAGUGUGAUGCCUAUGACCGCCUCUAUCCCGUGAAUGCGCUCCGGAACGCCGCGCUGGAGCAUGCGCGAUCCGACCUCGUGUUCCUUCUCGACGUGGACUUCGUACCAAGCCGGAGGCUCCACGAUCUUCUGCUCGGCAAGGAUGCAGGGCGACAGCUCCUCAACGUGCCGAGCUCGGGGCGGAUGUGGUCAACAAACAACAGGUGA